CUCCGGGGGGAGGGGGGAAGGGCGCGGGGGGGCUCAGCCGCUCGGUGCCGCCCCCGCCCCGCCCUGCCCCGGCGGUCGUCAGCGCUGUCCCCGCAGCCGCCAUGGUGGUCACGCUGGGCUACUGGGACGUCCGCGGGCUGGCCCACGCCAUCCGCCUGCUGCUGGAGCACACCGAGACCCCCUACGAGGAGCGGCAGUACAGCCUCGGGCCAGCCCCAAACUUUGACCCAAGCGACUGGACCAACGAGAAGGAGAAGCUGGGCCUCGAUUUCCCCAACCUGCCCUAUCUCAUCGAUGGCAGCACCAAGCUGACGCAGAGCAACGCCAUCCUGCGCUACAUCGCCCGCAAGCACAACAUGUGUGGGGAGACGGAGGAGGAGAAGCUGCGCGUGGACAUGCUGGAGAACCAGGUGAUGGAUCUGCGCUUGAGCUUCAUCCGGCUCUGCAACAACCCUGACUUUGAGAAGCUGAAGCCGGCAUACCUGGAGCAGCUGCCGGGGAAGCUGCGGGAGCUGUCGCGGUUCCUGGGCUCCCGGGCCUGGUUUGCUGGGGAGAAGCUCACCUUCGUUGACUUUGUGGCGUACGACGUGCUAGACCAGCAGCGCAUGUUUGUCCCCGAUUGCCCUGAGCUGCAGGGCAACCUGGGCCAGUUCCUGCAGCGCUUCGAGGCGCUGGAGAAGAUCGGGGCGUACAUGCGGUCGGGGCGCUUCAUGAAGACCCCCAUUUUCUGGCGGACAGCGCAGUGGUGCAACAAGAAGGAGUGACCGCGAUGCGUGCCCCCCCACGUGUGCCCCCCCCAGCCCCCUCCCCUGCAGAAUAAAGCUGGGGGUCCGCACCCUC